GAAUAACAAUAACCUAUUUUUUUAUGAUAUUAACUAAUUUACAAUUUGCAAAUAUGUACGUUUUGUAACUUGAGAUUUUAAUGAAUUGUUCAUUUUUAUGGAAAUGGAACUAAUAAUAAAGUUCAUCUGUAAUGCACAUGAUAUUUGGCGGUGAAAUAUUCAAAAAAACUUUGGAAGAAUUAACCUAAAAUGUGAAACCUCAAUGUGUUUCACCGAAACGUCAAACAUGAAUGGGAUUUCAGCAGUACACGUUAAAAAAUUAAGUCAUACUAUUGAAGAAAUUCGAUCAAGAGCUUUAGACAAUAUUAUCUCGAAAUAUGAUCUUGGAUUUACUUGUGAUUGCGAUGCUGUAAAAAAAGAAUUAAUAACAAAACUAUUUAAUUGGUUUUCAUUUGAAAGCUUUUCACAGACAGAGAAAGUUUUAGACUUAUUACUUCGUUUACUAAAGACAGGUGAUAAAAGUUAUUUAAAUGCAUUCGGUAAAUUAAGAUUUCAAAAUGAACUCCAUGAAUUAAGAAGGAAAUUAGGUUCAGAAUGGUACGAAAAAUUAAACGAAAUAGAAGAAACUAUUCUUAAUAUGGGUGGAUUGCAGGCAACAGUAAAUAAUGAACAUAUGAAGAAUCAUAACACCUUAAAAAUGGGAUUUAUUGAUUACGAUAAACAUAGAACCCGUAUAAAAGACCAUGGAGAUAAUGAAAGUGGAAUGCGUAAUAUAGAAAAUCACAAUAUUCCUUCUGUUUUAGAUAAUACAAUACCAUUUGAUUUAACAAUGGACUGUGGAGAUGGUACUCCAAUAUCUAAGACUACAGAAGGUGGUAUCAAAUGGCUAGUAUUACCAUGGCAACCUUUAGUUACUUCAGAUAGAGGUGUUUUAGCUGCGGUCGAAGAAGCAUUGAACAACAGUUUAGAUACAAAUCUUAUAUUACAUACAUGUCAAUUUAUAACAAAUGUAAUGAUGCAAGACUUCCCGGCAGAAGUAUUCCUUCAAAGACCAGCUAUAGUACUUAUAUUGCAUAAUCUUCUAGAAUCUAGUACAGAUGAUUCAAAUGUUAAUCUUAGAAUUGUGAUACCAAUGGUAUUGAAAACACUACUUAAGUUAACAAGAUCUUUGCGAUUGAGAAUCUACUAUUACUGUGAACCGUGCAUUGCAAAUAAAAAGCAAAAGUUAUUAGCAGGCAAAUUAGGCACCAGUGUUUACCCUUCUUCAGAAACCAGAGACAGUCCUGAUGGAGGAUUUCCAGAAGCAAAUUACCAAGCAUAUCAGUCUACGGGUACAAGUGAAAGAAGUCAAAGUGUGACAGAAAACAUUGAUGAUUCUAUUUUACAAUUGCAACAAAUGUUCAUACCAACAUUUUGUAUCGAUUCAUUAAGACAUGUUAUUUCGCAACUAAGUAUUCCCGUUAAUGCAACGCUACCGCUAAGAAAUAUUAAAUACGUGGUUGAUCUGUCAUAUGAGCUAGUACAAUUGCUUAUUAUCAGUGUCAUGCCAAAUAUUUGGCUUUGUAACGAUGAUAUGGCUUUAAAAAUAACUGAAGAUAUGAAAUCAUUAUUUGGUAUCCUGGGAGAUGUAAUAGAAUAUUUUGGAAAUUAUGGUGCUAUUGAUCAUUUUAGAAUAACGUAUUUGCAUCUAGUAACUAUUACAAUGAAACUGUUGAGUAACAUUGUACCUUUAGAAAUAGCGGACGCUAUUUUUCCAAAAUCUCUUGAAACAUCAAUAUGUAUAGCUAUAAUGGACGCUCCUAUUUAUCUUUUAUAUCCAAGACUACAUUCUAUAUUACAAGAAUAUGGUCGCCAAUUCCAAGGUAUCGAUGAAGUUGCGUAUAUAAAAAUGUUCGAUGAUACAAGAGUGGUAGCAAAAUCAAUGCAAGCUGCUAUAUCCAUAAUAAAAAAUCUGUCUAAUUUACCUCAUUCAGAAGCGUUAAAAACAUUAUAUGCUUCGAAGUUAAGUUUAUCUUAUCACAAAAAUUUUAGUAUCAUAAAAAAAACUAUUAGGUUUUUACAACAUAUAAAUAGGUAUUCUCUAAAUAAUGAAGACUAUGCAUUAGCUACAAAGUUAAUAUUAGGUCUAUUGGCUAACGCGGAUUCUGAUAUACAGUAUGCAACAUAUGUAGAAUGUCAUACUUUAGUUAAAAGUAUUCUAGGAAUAGAAUAUAACAGAGAGAGAUCAUCUUAUGAAAGUUUGACAUUUUUGUUCGAAUCGUCUGUCUUAACCGAAAUAAUCUCUCAUGGCAUAACAAAUGAGGACCAAAGGAUACGGGAAAUAUCGGAAGAAAUAUUAGUUUAUAUAUUGAAAGGAAGGGUACAAAUGGGAGAAGAUGGAUGGUUAAAAUCAUUAGAAGCUCUUGCUCCAGUAUUACCUCUUUUACAGUGCCAUGCUAAUUCAACUACAACUUUAGGUCAAUGCAUUACAAAAAUUUUUGAUCCUGAUGUUUCUUCUAGCAUACAGUUACCCUAUAUUGAGGUCUUAAAAGGCAAUUUAAGGUUUCUCUUUUCACCCGACGAUGAUAUUCGAGAAGAAGCGGUUUGUCGAUUAAUUUGGCUUCUUGGUAAAGAGAAAGAUUCAGUUCAGAAAUUACCAAGAUUAUCUUCUUUACAUGGUUUACCUCUUAACUCACUUUGCAUAUUCGAACGUCAAAAUGUUCUUAAAAAAUCUGAAGGCAAUUAUCAGAGGAGCAAUUUAUUAUCAGUGCUUGAGAUGCUGAAUGAACCAAACGUAGAUCCGAAAAUACGGAAAUCUGCAUUGGUUCAAAUCAGUGUAAUGCUUUCGGAUUGUUCUUUACAUAAAUCAUUUAUCACUGAAAAUGGAGUGUCUCUUAUAUUGAACAUAUUGGACAGUGCUUUGAUUGAAAAGGAUUACAUCAAUUAUCCAGAUUCUGUAAUUUCUAUAAUUACUAUGUUGAAGCUACUAGUAUCUACCGAACCUUCUAUACGGCAAGAUCUAUCUACCAGUAAAAAUGUUCUUUCAAAUAUAAUAAGAAGUUUAUUUUUAUUUCCAAACAACGAAUGCGUGAGAACUGAUGGUUCACAACUUCUUUGCUUAUUGCUUUACAACGAAUAUAUCAUGAGGCUAGGUGAAAACUAUACCGAGAACUAUAAUCAGUUAAAUAUUUCUUUACCGCAUCUUAUUGUAUCGAAAAUGAGAUUACCAUUUCUUUGCAAAUUCCAUUGGAAAAUAAGUAUGCACAGACGUUCGGAUGUAUCUGUUUUUCAUGGUUCUAAUCAAUUAGCUUCAACAUUUAUUAAACAGUAUUGGGUAUGGGAAUGGAAUGAUGGUUUGAAUGUACUUUGGAAAAACUGGAACGACCUUAUUGAGUCUGACAUAUCUGAGAAACUGAAAAUACAGGAAAAUGAAUUCUUAACUUUACGUUAUAGCUAUCCCUAUUAUUACUGUCAACAGCAAUUAUAUAACAUACAAAAUUCGACGACACAUGACUCAGUUCUAUGCGCACUUGAUUAUCUUACAAUGUACAUAAAAUUUUACAAAAUUCAACAGUAUGAAAAUCUGAAAGAUAUAAGCCUUUUACCUUGGGAACAAACGUUUGAGCGAUUUUUAAUUUCACAGCCUGCGAGUAAAGAAGAUUGCGAUUUAUUUGUUGAAGUUUUGAAUUUUCUACAAAUCUACGUUAACAUUACCAAGAACGGAAAAUGUAAGUGGACUAACAAAAUAAUGAGGAACAUAACUAAGACAUUAGCAGAGUUAUUUAAACAUUCCGAAUUAGAUAAUCAAGACAUACACCAAUCCAUAUUAAAAUUAGCUCGUACCUGUUCAGCGAUAGAAAAACCUGAACAGGCCGAUGAUGAGGACGAAACUAUUCGACUUCAUUUUAUUGAACUUAUUGUCUCCACUUUGUGUUUCGGGGAUCAACAACAUUUUUAUAAUUUGGCUUACCUUGAUUGGUUGUUAACAUGUUUAACAUAUUUAAUUGGAAAAUGUCACUGGGCUAAUUAUAAAAACCUAUUAAUAUCGUUAGGUAACACACUGAUAGAACUGAUUAUAUCUUUUCAUGGUGCUGGUACUGUCAGCUUUAUGGGUUUAUCUAUAACCAGAAAUUCUAUAAUAUGCCUUAAUCAUUUAUUGUAUCAGAUGCAAAUAAAUUUUAAUAAAAAUGCAUUUGUAGUAUUUUGGUACGAAGAAGGCCGUACGUUAAAUUGGUUGCCAAUGUUAUGGCAGAAUCGAGAUCCAUUGGUUCGUGCCUCUGCUUUGCAAUUAUUAUCAGGUUUAAUAAACAAUUUGCAUACAGCUGCUCAACUUUUAAACACUAUAGCGCUGGCGCCGAGUGAAUUGUGUCAGACGUUACUUCAAUACAUUGCUAGUAGGGAAGAAUCCUGUAUAGUUAGAGAACAAGCAUGUUUUGCAUUUAGCAAUUUAGUGAAAAAUUGCAAUUCUGUAACUUUUCAGUAUGUGAACUCUUUGCAAGCAAAUGCUAUUUUAAUAUAUAUGGAACAAAAUAACACUUAUUAUGAGAUUACUGUCUUGUGUUCUAAUAUUUAUAUGUUUACAACUUUGGACUAUGAUCUUACGAGUAAUCGAGAACAAGAAACUGGAAAAGCCCCGUCUAUUCAUAGUUUACAGUCCGGGUGCACGUCUUUAGUGCCGCGUACAAUUUCAUAUCUAUAUAAUUGUCAAGAUGAAUUGCAGCCGUUUUCAGCAAGAGAGUCUGCCACUACAGAAAAUGAUAAUUGUUUGCAAUUAGUAGCAACACCAUCAUUGAUAACGGCUGUUUGUAGGUUGUUAAAUAAUUUGAUAUUUAUAGGAAAACAUGAAGUAGUUCAUCAAAUUUAUGAACAUUCUAUAGAUAAAUAUUUAUUUGGAUGUAUUAACGAAGUGCCUAGAAGUGUCGAGACUAAAAAGAAUUUGGCACAUUACUGCGAAAUUUUAGAAAUGUAUAUUAAUAUUUUAACGGUUUUAACAAAUUGUGUCAUACACAGUAACGAAUAUACCGUUGUAGUUAAUUUUUCUCCUGACUCUCUGUACACGUUGUUCUCCUUUUUGAACAGCGAUUUUUAUAUUAUUGACACAGUGCAAUUGAUAUCUCUACGGGAUAGGCUAUGGACGGAGGUUUUCAAUUUCAUAGCUAUACUCUCUCUAACGGAAAAUCAACACUUUGAGUCAAUACAGGCAGCUUUAGAAUUAUGCACUCCGGAAGUUGUACUUUCAUCCAUUUGUAUUGCAAUGAGAAGUUCCAAUGCGGAACUUCGGAUAAGCGCUAUAGGAUGCCUUGCGUUCCUCCUAUCACAAGACAUACAGAAAGAUUCAUUAGGGAAAGGCAAUAUUUCGUUACAAACAGUAAUAGAUACUACCUUCACGUGUUCAUCUAGCGACUAUAGAAAUAGUUUAAGAGAAAUAAUAUCGGACAUUAAUAAGAUCUCGCUAAGAAGUGCAAGUUUACACUUGAGAAAAGGGACCGAAAGCGAGAAUGUCUUAACAAGUUAUGAUAAAGUAGCUGAGGGCGAAGAGAAGAAUGAAAUCGCAAUAGGAGAAGAAUUUUGCGGUAUUUUAUUGCACUUGUUCAUCGCACACAAUUACAAUAGAUCCAAGAAAAAUCGUAAGUUAAACGAAGACAAAGAUUUGAUCACAAGUGCUCUUACUAAUUUAUUGUGCAUAUCAAAUACUGCUAAACGAAUUGCGUUAGAAGAAAAUUUGCCCGAAACAUCCUUAAUGAUAUUGAAAGAAUUCUAUGUCAGAUUAAACAUGCAACCUUUUGAACUGUUUAAGAAUCAAAUCGACCGCGACAAAAAGAUCCAUCCACUACUACACGAUGUGAAUGCUAUCUUUACAUUAUUAAUGAAUUUCAUGUAUGGCAGUGCUGAAGUUAAAGAAGUUUUGUCAAAAGCUGGAUUAGCAGAUGUGUUGCAUAAAUUGUGGGCUUGGGUUGCAUUGAACAAAACCGUGUCUACCACUGCUUUAAAGUUGCUUGCAACUUAUACCACAAAAUGUUCUAUAGCUGCACACUCGUUGACGUUAACCACUACUCUACCGGGAACUGGACUUAGAAGAACUCCUAACACUCUAGCUUUAAUUCAUGUCAUUAUACAGUUAGUCUGCAAGGAAAUAGAUAAAGCUGGACAAAUGUUUGACAAUCACAAGUUACAUUUUGCGUUUCAUAUUCUACGGAACGCUGUGCAUGUCCACGAAUGUAGAGUUUUAAUUUCAAAGAGCAAUCUUCUGCAGUUUUUUACAAAAAUACACCCGGUCACGACAAAGAGAACAAAACCAUGGCCGCUAAUUGAAUUAUACUGUUUAGAAUUCUUGAUUGACUUCACUUAUUACCAAGAGGGUCAAUUAUGUGUACCAAAGACUGUUGAUGGAUUGGAUGUUUUGUUACAAUUAUCAAAAUGUUCUUCCCCAUCCAGCAGAAUUCUGGCGAUUUCAAUAUUACGCAAUCUGGCAUUUAACAUGACCAAUCGACCGCGAUUACUUAGUUCGGUGGAUUUCAUCAACGUUGUACACGACAUAUUUAAAAAUGGUUCCAUAAACGAAAUCAAGAUCGCUGGAUCCAUGUUAUGGUCUCUAAUAUCGAAUAAUCAGAAGGGAAAAUUAAUUGUUCGAAGCGCUGGUUUUUCGCAAAGUAUUCAGGAAGCUUUAGGCAGACUUACAUUAUUGACUAUAGAUGAUAGAAAAGAAGAACAAGAAUUAGUUAAAAUGUUACAAUACGUAUUGAGAAUACUCAGUCCAGUAGACACGAAGAAUGAUUAACGAUCAUAUGAACUAAGUAAACCAAUUAAUAUAAAGAAUUUGUAUAUAAUAAUAGAUUUUCAAUUUUUACAGCAAAUAGUAUAAUACUAAGAUUUGUAAUAUUUUUUUAUUGGAUACGAAUUAGAGUGACAACAAAUUUUGUAAUACGUUUUUUACUGAAAAUCCGAAUGAAUUGUAUGAAAUGUAAAUGAGAUAACUCUCAAAAAUAUAGAUGUUCAACAAGUUUUUCCGUUUAGCGCAGAAGAAGAAAAGUAAAUAAUGGUAAUGGUAUCCUUGGGUAGAAUUUUAAUAAAAGAGUGCUUAACCUUAUGCAGUCCAUUAAUUACGAAACUUUAACUCUUGGUUAAUACCCCAGACAAAUAGGUGUAAUGAUCUGGUAUCUAUGCAAAAGCUACAAUUUUUUGUGCGUACGUGCGUCACUCCACAAGAAGAGGCAAAAAGUGCAAAUAGCAGAUGGGUCAGAUAAAAAAAGAUUUUCAAGUAAAUUACUGCGUAUCUAUGUGCUAUCUGAAGACUUGCAUUGUACAUGUACAAAAUUUAAUACAGUACUUCCACAGAUCCUAGAAUACAAACCAUCGAUUACAUUUCAUUUUUAGAAUACUAUUAAACAAUGGGAGUGUAAUAUACUAAUUAUGAACCUAAUUAUUUAGGAAUACUGAAAUGCUGAAAUCUAAAUUUCAAACAAUAAAUUCUACCACUCGUACAAAAACUAAGAGCAUUCAAUGAAAUUAUAAGUGGAGUUGAGAAGAAGGAAACAAUCGAAACAGUAGCGGAAGAGUUCUUUCAGUUCCGAUUAGCAUUCAUCGAACGAUCAAUUGGCAGCUCGUUAAUUGCUCAUUAUUCCAUAACGUGGGUGGGCCACGUCAUGUGCAGCUGUCUUUCAUUAGGAAAAAUGUUUACGUACAGACCCUAAAAGCACCGUUACAAGCUACAAGUCCACAGGGGUUGCUUUUGAACACCUACACAAAUAACGCUAGAUGGCGGUGAUGCCAUGAUUAACGGACAAUAAAUAUGAGAAAUGUGAGAUCAGCAAUAUCAUAGAAGAAUUUAAUAGGACAGAAGAGAACAUGCUGAGGCUGUGUCGACAAAGGAAGCGUCACAGCUGGAAAUAUGAAAUGUUAUGCUACAUCAGUUCCCUCGGCUACGGGCAAACACUGUAAUUUUGAAGAUAGAAGAAACUGCAAUUAUAUUGAAAUUUAACACGGAGUGGCCCGUAUGCAUGCGUGGAGGAGCGGAUUUAAUGAAAGCUGGUGCUGGUGCGCCUGGUAUUGUGUUCCAGCGCGGCCGGUCACGUGACUGCCAGAUGGAUUUGCGUCAAUGGUGACCUCCGCGUUCGCGUAUCUGCCGUCCCUCACCCCACUGUUUCGCAUAUCCCAUGGGCCCUGUCCAGAGACCCGUGGGACCAGCGUGUACGAGUAGUGGAGAUGAAGAAAGUCUGCCACGGAAGGAAACUUCAUCUACACGAACGGAAGCGAGAAAACCACAAGAAAUUAUGUAUAUUCGGGUGCAACGUUUCCUUUAGAUAUGCACGCGUAACCUUGACAAAUUUCUAAAUUCCUUUCUAAUCCUUACAGUCCCAAAUUCCUUAGUCUUCACAUUUGAUUCCUAUAUUUGAUCCUCAACUUCUAAAGCCAAAUAGCUUUUAAUUUGUAUUCAUAUCCGUAGAUCCCUCAAUCUCAAAGUCUCUAAAUGUCCUCAAGUUCCUAAACCUUGCUUGAUAAACCUUGCUUGCUUAAAAAUUCCUCAAAUUUUUGUCUAAAAUUUCUCGUCAAAAAUUUCUCAAGAAUAAUUGUUAUUCUUUGUUUA